AUGACAGGUACCACAGUUGAAGACUUGUUCAAAGAUUCCGAUGUCAAUACGCAAAAGAUUAUAUCAAGAUACGAAAUUCCGCUACCGGAUGAUUCAGUCCAAACCGAAGAUAUCAAACUCAAAGACGCAUGGAUCCGAGUCUUCACACCUCCGUCAGCGACAGGCGACGAACCGGUAGGGAUUUUCAUGCAUGGUGGUGGAUGGAUCAUGGGAAGCGUCGACCACGAAGAUGCUGCAUGCCGAAAGAUCAGCAAGAGCACCGGCAUGAAAGUCGUCAGUAUUGGAUACAGACUGGCACCGAAAUUCAAAUUCCCCCACGGUCUCAACGACUGUGUUGAGGCAACCUUAUGGACACUCGAAAACUUCUCACUUUCAUCCGUCGUGCUUAUGGGAGGCUCGGCAGGCGCCAAUCUUGCUUUUGGUGUUGCGUUGAAACUCGUCGAUUCCGGGCUCGGAGACAAAGUCAGAGGCAUUGUGGCCUUGGUUCCUUGCACUAUACACCCUGAUGCAGUACCGGAAGACAAGAAGGAGCACUUUACUUCUUAUGAGGAAAAUGCUAUCCACACUGUAAACACAUUGGCUGCGAUGAAAUGUUUCCUGGAUUCCUAUGCGCCACCGCCUGAUGACAAGUAUUUCUCGGUUCUCCUCCACCCGCGCUUGAAGGAUCUCAAGAAUGUCUAUAUCGUCGAAUGUGGAACGGAUACAUUAAGAGAUGAUUCUCGACUGAUGAAAGAGGCUCUGGAGGAAGUUGGUGUACCCAUUAUGUAUGAUGAUUAUCCCGGUUAUCCUCAUUAUUUCUGGUCAUAUCCCUCUCCAGUUCUAGCGCAGGCUUCAGAGGAGUUUCACAUGAACAUGGUCCGUGCGAUAAAAUGGAUCAAUUCGGGAUGA